GCAUGUAGCGGGGGGAGCCGGAGGGAAACCUCGGCUUCCUCUGCAGCGCCGCCGUCGCGGGGGGGAAGAGUCGGUGGCCAGCUCCCCACGCGCCCGUUUCCCGAGGCUGUAGUUGCAGUCUGAGGUAGAAAGAUGUGAACUCUUUCCUCGUGGACAAGAAGAGGCCUUUCUUCCACCUUGCCGAUGGCCAAAGCUGUGAACCUUAGAAUGUCAUGAUGGCUUGCCUUACGGUGACAGAAAUGGAAGGCCCGGCCUCAUCUACUCUUCACCAGAAUGGUGGCGUCCUUGGGAAUGCGGCUGUUUCCAUGCACACAGAGCCACUGCUUCGAGUUUACUUGUAUCAUUCCCAAGGAAAGAUGGACGGCGAUUAUCUACAGUUUCCAGCAGGAGAGUACGUUGCAGAAGAGAUCUGUGUUGCUGCUUGUAAAGCCUGUGGUAUCUUGCCAGUGUACCAUAACAUGUUUGCACUAAUGAAUCAGACAGACAGAUGUUGGUAUCCCCCAAACCACACCUUCCAAGUAGAGGGAUCAACCAGUCUCACUGUUCUCUACCGGAUAAGGUUUUAUUUCCCUCACUGGUAUUGUAACAGCAAUGUACGAGCAUUUCGGUACGGUGUUUCCCGAGGUGCAGAGAGUCCUGUCCUUGAUGACAUUGUCAUGUCUUACUUGUUUGCUCAGUGGCGGGAAGACUUUGUCCAUGGGUGGGUGAAGAUGCCUGUCACUCAUGAAACACAAGAAGAAUGUCUUGGCAUGGCUGUUCUUGAUAUGAUGAGGAUGGCCAAAGAAAAGGACCAAACUCCACUAGGCAUCUACAAUUCUAUGAGCUACAAGAUGUUUUUGCCAAAAUGCAUCAGGGAAAAAAUCCAGGAUUAUCACAUUCUGACACGAAAGAGGAUAAGAUACAGAUUCCGCAGAUUCAUCCAGCAGUUUGGCCAGUGCAGAGCAACCGCCAGAAACUUGAAACUGAAAUAUCUCAUAAAUCUGGAGACCCUCCAGUCUGCCUUUUAUUCAGAAGUGUUUGAAGUGAAGGAACCCGGCAGAGAGCCUUCGGGUGAAGAAAGCUUUGCAACCAUUGUUAUAUCCGGAAAUGGUGGAAUUCAAUGCUCAAGAGGGAAACAUAAGGAUAGUGAGACACUGGCAGAACAGGAAAUACAGACCUAUUGCGAUUUCCCCGACAUUAUCGAUGUCAGUAUUAAGCAAGCAAGCCAGGAAGCUUCUGGCGAGAAUAGAAUUGUAACCAUUCACAAGCAAGACAGCAAGAAUUUGGAAGCUGAAUUUCAUUCACUAAGAGAGGCUCUUUCUUUUGUGGCAUUGAUUGAUGGAUAUUACAGAUUAACUGCAGAUGCCCAUCAUUUCCUCUGUAAAGAAGUAGCACCCCCUUCCAUCAUUGAGAAUAUUCAGAGCAACUGUCAUGGGCCAAUUUCCAUGGACUUCGCAAUCAAUAAACUGAAGAAAGCUGGCAAUCAGACGGGCUAUUACGUUCUUCGUUGCAGUCCAAAGGAGUUCAGGAAAUACUUUCUUACCUUUGCAGUGCAGCGGGACAGUACCACGGACUAUAAGCAUUGCUUGAUCACAAAAAAUGAGAAUGGCGAAUAUAAUCUCACUGGAACUAGAAGAAGUUUUACAAACCUCAUGGAUCUCUUGAACUGUUAUCGGACAGAAACUGUCCGGUCAGACAGUAUAAUUUUUCAGUUUACCAGAUGUUGCCCUCCAAAGCCAAAAGACAAGUCCAACCUCCUUGUCUUCAGGAGCAAUGGAAUUUCUGACUUGCCCUCAUCGCCCACCUUGCAGAGGCAUAAUAACGUUAACCAGAUGGUCUUCCACAAAAUCCGGAAUGAGGACCUGAUCUUUAACGAAAGCCUUGGCCAGGGCACCUUCACUAAAAUUUUCAAAGGUGUGAGGAAAGAAGUGGGCGACUAUGGCAAGUUGUAUCAGACUGAAGUGCUGCUCAAAGUCCUGGAUAAAGUGCACAGGAAUUAUUCUGAGUCUUUUUUCGAAGCAGCAAGCAUGAUGAGCCAGCUAUCCUACAAGCACUUGGUAUUAAAUUAUGGAGUUUGUGUCUACGGAGAAGAAAAUAUUCUGGUACAGGAAUAUGUGAAAUUUGGGUCAUUGGAUACUUAUUUGAAGAAGAAUAAAAAUUCUAUAAACAUCUUGUGGAAGCUGGAAGUUGCAAAGCAGCUGGCAAUGGCAAUGCAUUUUUUCGAAGAUAAAAACCUUGUUCAUGGGAACGUAUGUGCAAAAAACAUCUUGCUUAUCAGAGAAGAAGAUAGAAAAUCUGGGAACCUUCCUUUUAUCAAGCUCAGUGAUCCUGGUAUCAGCAUUACAGUUUUGCCAAAAGACAUUCUCCUUGAGAGAAUACCAUGGGUUCCACCUGAAUGUAUCGAAAAUCCAAAGCAGCUGAGUUUGGCAGCGGACAAGUGGAGUUUUGGAACCACUCUGUGGGAAAUCUGCAGCGGAGGAGACAAGCCUCUCAGUUUGCUGGAUUCUCAAAGAAAAUUACAGUUUUAUGAGGAUAGGCAUCAACUUCCUGCUCCUAAUUGGACAGAACUAGCAAACCUUAUAAACAACUGCAUGGAUUAUGAGCCAGACUUCAGACCCUCUUUUAGAGCGGUUAUACGUGACCUUAACAGUUUGUUCGCUCCAGAUUACGAACUAUUGAAAGAAAGUGAUAUGUUACCAAAUAUGAGAAUUGGAGCUCUUGGGUUUUCCGGGGCUUUCGAAGGCAGGGAUCCGACUUAUUUUGAAGAGCGGCACCUGAAAUUUUUGCAGCAACUUGGCAAGGGGAAUUUUGGCAGUGUGGAGAUGUGCCGGUAUGACCCACUACAGGACGACACAGGGGAAGUGGUGGCUGUUAAAAAGCUGCAGCACAGCACGGAAGAACACCUGCGGGACUUCGAAAGAGAAAUCGAAAUUCUUAAAUCUCUGCAACAUGACAACAUUGUGAAGUAAGGCGUGUGCUACAGUGCUGGCCGGAGAAAUCUGAAAUUGAUAAUGGAGUACUUGCCCCAUGGGAGUUUACGAGACUAUCUCCAGAAGCACAAAGACAGGUUGGAUCAUAAGAAACUCCUGCAUUAUGCCUCUCAGAUAUGUAAGGGUAUGGAGUAUCUGGGUUCAAAAAGAUACGUUCACAGAGAUCUAGCAACACGGAAUAUCUUGGUGGAGAAUGAAAACAGAGUUAAAAUUGGAGACUUUGGCUUGACAAAAGUUUUGCCUCAGGACAAAGAAUACUACAAAGUCAAGGAACCAGGAGAGAGUCCCAUAUUUUGGUAUGCUCCAGAAUCACUGACGGACAACAAGUUUUCUGUGGCUUCUGAUAUGUGGAGUUUUGGUGUGGUCCUCUAUGAACUCUUCACAUAUAUAGACAAGAACAAAAGCCCCCCAGCGGAGUUCAUGCGCAUGAUUGGGAAUGAUAAGCAGAACCAGAUGAUUGUGUUCCAUUUGAUAGAGCUGUUGAAGAAUAACGGAAGGCUGCUCAGACCUGACGGAUGCCCGGAUGAGGUCUAUGCCAUCAUGACGGAGUGCUGGAACAACAGCGCCAGCCUGAGACCCUCCUUCAGGGAUCUUGCUCUGAGAGUGGAUCUCAUAAGGGAGAGCAUGGGUGGGUGAACAUGCCGGAAUCCACCCAAAGGGACCUGUCGACAUGCACAGCAAGUGUGUCCUGUUCUUCGGGACGUUGCAGAUCGUUGCUUAUCCCGCACCCAUUCAGAGACGGCAGCAAAACAAUCCCAUCCAACCUUGCCCGUGAUGACGAAGGAUGCGGCUUAGUUUCUUCAUCGGGAAUACUAGCGCGAUGCAUUGAUGAAAAGCACUUUGAUAGCAAAGGAAUUGCUCCCCCCCCCUUUAUCUUGAAGCAGAAUAGCGCAGCAUGAUCAGUAAGCAUCACCGUGGUUUGCCUAAUAGGACAACUGCAGAAAAGAAUGAUGAUGUCAGACAGGGGACUUAUGGAAAGAUAAGAAGAUUGGGCGAUUUAGGUUGCAAUCGUGUGCCUGCUUACCUGUGGAUUGCUAUUGACCAAUGAGACUUACUUGUAAGGAGCUAUACAUAGGACUGUUCUCUUCAGCAGCAGUUGACUUGCAGGGUUUCUGGUAGCAGAAGACUUUGCGCUUCCAGCUGCACCACUUUGAAAAAGAGCAAAUGUUUGCACUUAAUGGAAUUACCCGUGCAUGGGUUCCUCUUUUCGCUACCCCUUAUUUUGUUCCCUCCCCCUGAUACCUUUGUCCACUUCUGCCUGCCGUAAGAGGUGAUGGUAUACCAGACGAGGCUACCUUUCACGUAGCUUGGAACGGUGUGUUCCUUUGCGUAGAUGAACAUUUAUUUAGGUGUGUGCAGUUAUGCAAUUCUGUGAGAGACUUAAAGAUUUUAUAUAUAUAUAAAAAGGAUAAUAUAAGUGUAGCAGAGAAACACAAAGCACCAGUCAGGAUGAGAGAAGAUUGCUGAUGGGUCCUGGCGAUAGCUUUUAUGUCAUACAACUGCCCAAUGUUGUGCCAGCACAAGAACCGCUCAAAACACGGCAGCAGUACAAAGUUGAGGCUCAGUUGCAGAAGUGUUUUGUGCCCUGCAAGCCGUCGCUGAGUAAGCCUGAGUUGCAGAAAGCAGCUGCUGGAAUACCUUUUUGACGUUUUCCUGCAGUGAAAUCUGAGCGAUUUAGCCUCCUGUUCCAUGCAUUGCACAAGAGCCGCUGUUUUAUGAAAGGGUUUGUUGCUGUUUAUUAGUUUUAAAACUUUUUUUACAUUGUCAUGCCGUUACGGCUUUAAUAUGUAGAAGAAAGGCUUUUUUUAAAAAAAAAAAAAAAGCUGUUUAAGCAACUUCUGUGUGCCUGUCUAAGCCAGCCAGAGAAGAGAUGUCUGUUCAGGCAGUGUGAUGUACUGUAAAUACUUCAAAGGAAAGGGAACAAAUGAGAAGAGAUAUUUUUUUAAACAAACACCUGCUGAAAAUUGCAUUUUUAAAUGAACAAGUAUAUAUAGCAGUCUAUUUUCCUAUGUAUGUUGUGGAUAUGUCAAGCCCUGACUGCGUUUCCUUAAGGCACAGUUUUUUUAAAUCAUGUCAUCGGCAGCAGCUUAAUAUGUUCCCCAUGCUAAACUUUGCUAGCCUCGCCAACCUUCAAGGAUGCUGCAUUUUCCCUUUCUACCCUCUUCAACUUUUUACUGGGUGACCCAGUCAGCACAAAAUAGAAAGCAGGCUUCCGAUCUUACGAAGAACAAAUGUCACCCAUCUGGCCCGUCCUAGUCUUCUUCAGGUUACUGAACAAUUUGGCUUUGUGUAAGGGUAGCCAUGUGAUUUUUCCUUACUUGUACACAGCCUAAGUUGUGAAUGAAAUAUAGAGCCGCUGUAACUGCUUGCGCACCGGACUCGGUGGCGCAAAUUUGCAUUUGCCAGCCUAGGAACGCGGAGAGUAAUAAGCAGGUCGUAGCAUCAGACUCUCUUUCUUGCCCCUAAUAAUUUGGCUGUCCGCUUCAGAGCUGGCCAGAAUACUUUAACAGAAGGGCACUGGGUAUUUCCUCUUCUCUCACUGGUUGCCCACCAAGCCUUGCUUUGGUGACUUGCGAUAGAAGUAUCCUCCUUGGGAGAAGGUGCUGAGAAGAUGUUUGCUUCCUAAAAUCAAAAAGGGGGGACGUCGGUUGAAAGAGGUUGUUGCUUUCCACUAUGGCGACGGAAUGAAAACUUGAAAUGUACUUCGGUGUAUGGCAGAACGUGCUUAGAUGUGCUAUGAACUUAUGUACCUACUUCAAAAAUGGAGGAGGGUGCAGCGAUGUGAGUUUUGCAUGAGGCUAAGAAGUACCUCCAAAAGUUGCAAUUACUUAGCAAGUGAGCUCCAGUCUACCAAUAUUUUGUGCCCCUGUGUGCUCUGGCAUGUGCUGAUUUAAUGGCUCUUGGGUACGUGUGAAGCUCUCCUUUCACACAUGCAGGAGAUUAUCGUUCAGGGGUGUUUCACACGCGCUUGUAAGUAGAGAUGGGAAACGCCGGCGUCUUUUCCUCUGGUAAAGACAUUUAUUUUAUUUGUAAGAGUAGAGAAUUAUGCAAGCAACUGCCGGGGGAUUGGCAGAAGGAGGAGAACGUGGGAAUGAAAUUGUGGGUAGCCAUGUUUUGUAACAUCACGUUAUGUUUAAAUGGCUGGAAAUGUUUGCAUUAUAAGAGACAGUUUCACAAUGUAUAUUUUUAAACUGCUUUUGGUCGAAUACAUUGCACAUUUGUACAUUGCUUUGAAGUUGAUUUUAAAACAGGUUGUACAUGAAAUAUAUUUUCUUUUUUGUAGACUA